GUCAGCUAACAGCUAUGGGCGGUUUCCUUGUCGUAUCUCUGCUGCUAGCAGUGCUCACCAAAGAAACCGAAGCGAGAGCAGGCUGGUCUUAUCCGAAGAAUAGUCAAGGCAAUGAUUCGGAUUGGAAGCAUUUGUACCCUCUCUGUGAGGGCCAAAAGCAAUCUCCAGUCGACAUAAACGUUGAUGCUGCUGUGCUGAAAACAGAUUUGAGUGAGCUGAUGUUUAAUGGUUACAGUUCUCUGCAAAAUGGCACCAUGAAGAACACGGGCCAUUCUCUUCAGUAUAAUCCAAAGGGUAGUAACAGACCAAUGCUUCAAGGUGGACCUCUAGGUGGAUCAACAUACACUCUGGAGCAAUUCCACUUUCAUUUUGGAUCCAAAGAUUUGACGGGUUCAGAACAUACAAUUGAUGGAUUCCAGUACGCAGCUGAGGUACAUUUUGUCCAUUACAAUUCAGGCAAGUAUCCAUCAUUCACUAGAGCUGUCAAUGAAUCAGAUGGUCUUGCUGUAGUUGGAGUAUUUUUUGAGGUUGGAGAUGCAAAUCCACAAUUGGAUCUCUUACAUAUUGAUCGAAUGCUUUACAAAGACAAUGAUAGUGAUGUGUCGCUACUAAAGUUGCAAGAUCUACUUCCAGGCAACCAAAGAGAUUACUACUCCUAUUCGGGAUCGUUGACCACACCCCCAUGUUACGAAUCUGUGAAGUGGAUUGUAAUGAAAGAUGCAUCUUCUAUGUCAUCCGACCAAAUGGCACAUUUUAGAAGUACUUUGUCAACAGAUCACUCUGAUAACAUUGGAGACGUCAUGGCUGACAACUACCGUGUGGUGCAACCACUCAAUGGAAGACAAGUUGUGCGAAACUUUGAGAAAGAGACGCCCACUGUGAAACAAGCCACGCCUACUGUGAAACAAGCCACGCCUACUGUGAAACAAGCCACGCCCACGUCUCCAUCGAGAGACUUUUCAGUGAUUGCUCUGAUCUAUGUGCAAUUGCUGUCAGUUGCUUUGGUACUGCUGCUGCUAAAUCUUUAUAAGAUAUUGGUUGGCAUGCAGAAAGAAUAUGCAAUGAUGGUUGUGUUUUUUUGGCUCUUUACUAAUGUACACAAAUACGUGCACUUCAAUGCGUCAAAGCAUUCAUCGUCAGCCACAUCCAUGGGUGAUAUCCUAGUUAGAGCUCUGCUGCUAGCACUCCUCACCAAAGAGACUGAAGCGAAAGCAGACUGGUCUUACCCGAACAACCAAGGCAAUGAUUCGGACUGGAAUCAUAUCUACCCUCAUUGUGGCGGCCAAAAUCAAUCUCCAAUCAAUAUAAAAAUUGAUGCUGCUGUGCUGAAUACAAAUUUGAGUGACCUCGUAUUUAGUGGCUACACUUCUCUUCAAAAAAAUGGCACCUUGAAAAACACGGGCUAUACUAUUCAGUACAAUCCAAAGGGUAAUGACAAACCAACACUUCAAGGCGGACCUUUAGAUGGAUCAACCUAUACUCUUGAGCAAUUUCACGUACAUUUUGGAUCCAGAGAUUUGACUGGUUCAGAACAUACAAUCGAUGGAUUCCAGUACCCAGCUGAGAUACAUUUUGUCCAUUACAAUUCAGACAAGUAUCCAUCACUGACUAGAGCUGUCAAUGAAUCGGAUGGUCUUGCUGUAGUUGGAGUAUUUAUUGAGGUUGGAGAUGGAAAUCCUCAUUUAGAUGAAUUCCCUAUUGAGGAAGUGCUCUACAAAGACAAUGUUACUGACGUGCCGCUACUACUGUUGGAAGGUCUACUUCCAAGCAACCAAAGAGAUUACUACUCUUAUUCGGGAUCGUUGACUACGCCCCCGUGUUACGAAUCUGUGAAGUGGAUUGUAAUGAAAGAUGCUUUCUCCAUUUCACCAGCUCAAAUGGCAGCGUUUAGAAGUACUGUGACAACUGCUCACAAUGCUAGCACUGGGGACGGGUUGGCUGACAACUACCGUUCCGUACAACCACUCAACGGAAGACAAGUUGUGCGAAAUUUUGAAAAGGAGGAGAAAACCACACCCACAACUUCUGCAGCAACGUCUAUCCAGUCGAGGGAAAUUAUUGUAUUGGUUGCUCUGAUGUAUGUGCAAUUGCUGUUCGUUGCCUUGUGCUGCUGCUAAAUUGUCAGAUCUAACUAAAAGUACGUUGUCUGUCAAUUGCAAGUGUAGAGACAGUGUUUGUGGUGUUAGUUUGUUUGAGCUAUCUAGCUAGUUGAGAAUGGAUGGAUCGAGUGGUAAUAGAUUGAGAUAGAUUUCGACUAUAACAAUGAACAAAUUUCCUGACAACUAGACUAAAAAGCUAUU